AUGGAUGGAAUCAUCAAAAUAAUUGCCGCUUUUGCCAAAUUAACUUUGGCCAUAUUAGAAGGAGUUUUAAAAGCUGUGUUGGUUACUUUCUUUUCGCUGACCUUAGUGGGAAGUGUUGCUGCGUGUGGCGUCAUUAUUGGUGCAUAUCUAAUCAAGUACGGCUGCAACACAGAUUCUUGUGAGGUCCAUAGAACAGUAGGUGGCGCUAUGGUGGUAGCUGGUUGGAUGGUCGCGGUGUACAUGGUCAUCAAGACAAUAAGAGGAUUCUUUUGUUGA